AUGGCUUCAACAAUCCACAUCACCGACUACAUCCGCAUCUUCUCCAAUAAGAUUUUUAACAUAUCUGACACCGACGAUAAUGGUGGAGAACCAUAUCUCAUCCUCGACAUCAUCUACAACAUCGACGGCGAGAGAGGCGGAGAUGAUAUUGCUACAGGAUCAAGGCAUAAAUUCUCUGAAUGCAAUCCGCCAUCUCUUAAAGCCUUGAUCGAGGAGAAGGAGCCUAUUCCAUUGGACAUAAUGGUUGAUCCGCAAGAUGCUGAGAUUUUCAGAGAGAGAAUCUCAAAUGUCAUCACUAGUUUGGUAUAUGAUUGUGCUGGAACCCAAGGGCUAAAGAUGUUGCAGGUGGUUGUCUUUGUUGAGAUCAAUCUAGAGGAAGAAGAUGAUGUGGAGUUCCUUCACGAGAGAAGGAUGAAUUCAUUGCAAAAGAAUGUUUAUAGGAACGUGACAAUGGCAGAGAAGAAGAAUGACAUUUGUUCUAUUUGUUUGCAUGAGAUGGAGGUGGAGGAAGAGAUUGCUUGCACGCCUUGUGUUCACCGGUUUCAUCAUGCUUGCAUUAGUAGGUGGUUCGAAAAAUCUGGCUUAUGCCCAUUAUGUCGGUACAAGAUUUGA